UGUCACUGAUUUGGCUCCGACGAUUAUCCGUCCUUCAACCCGAACAGAAAGAGUGUCCAUAGUAAGGCUCUUGAGCACGGCGAGAACACAAUCAAAGCAGCCAUGGCUCUUCUCUCACAAGUGCUGGUCCUAGCAGGGGUACUCUCAUUGCUACACGCUGCCUAUUCCGCCCACGAGUUCUCUACAUUGUCAACCAAGCUCCAUAGACCGGCUCCUCUCCCACUCGACAUCAAAUUAGAAACCCUCAUCUCCGUCUUCCUGGCCUGCUUCGGCCUCAUACUAGGUUCGGAGCCUUUGAAGCCUGUUAGCUGGAGUGCAUGGGCGGGAAAGAUUGAGAGAAACGGCGAGCCAAAUCCAUUCCGAGGUUUGGAGGAGCGAGUGGGCUUUAUGGAUAUCAGAGCCCAGCGAACUGAAUUUUUAAGAUGGGUGAAACAGCAAGGUGACACUGUCAAGAGCUGAGAACCGGCGACACGAGAUGUUCUGAUUCAGCCCGUCUCCUCCUCGGUGCUUGUGCAGACUUCUUAGAUUUGCAUGGCCUUGCACAGGAAGCAAUCGGCAAGCACUGAUGCGGCACGGUGUCAAGAUGCAGGGCCGUUUGCGCACGGUGGAGGAGCUAUCUAGAGAAGAUCACCAAAUCG